UGAAAAAUAAUAAUUUUGAAUAUCAAUAAGAACAAUCUCAUAAAACAUUCCACUAUAAAAAAAAGUUAAGUUGUUCUCCUCACGCUGGUAAUGGGUGAAAUUCAUACCAUUAUUUUAUAACUCUUAGUUGAUCAUCGGAGAGGGAGAGAUGUUGUUUCAGGUGGGCGGACAAGGUAGUCGUCCGACGUUCUUCGAGAUGGCGGCGGCAGAACAGCUUCCACGUAGUCUCCGUGCGGCGCUGACAUACUCAAUCGGAGUAUUAGCAUUAAGAACACCUUUCCUUCAUAAAUUAUUAGAUUACGAACACGAAUCUUUCUCAUUACUCAUGCUCGUUCUUGAAGCUCACAGUUUACGAACCACUGAUGCUUCUUUUUCUGAAUCCCUUUACGGUCUCCGUAGAAGACCCGCUAAUAUCAAACUCAACGACAAUGAUAGUUCUUCUUCUUCUUCACAGUUACGCCGACGCCAAAAGCUUCUUUCUCUUCUCUUUUUGGUUGUUUUGCCGUAUCUGAAAUCGAAGCUGCAUUCAAUCUACAAUAAAGAAAGGGAAGCAAGAAUUCAGGCCACUCUUUGGGGAGAUGAAAAUGAAUCAUAUACCUUCAAUGCUCGUGCCUCCGUUACAACACUCAUCACAAAAAGAUUUCAGAAAAUUGUAGGAUUAUGUUACCCAUUGUUGCAUGCUGGUACUGAAGGCUUCCAAUUCGCAUACCAGUUGUUAUACCUAUUGGAUGCUACUGGGUACUACUCAUUAGCGCUGCACGCACUUGGGAUUCAUGUGUGUCGAGCUACUGGCCAAGAACUGAUGGAUGCCUCUUCUAGAAUUUCUAAGAUACGAAGCCGUGAACGUGAGAGACUCCGUGGUCCUCAAUGGAUAAAGACAUUGCAGGGAGCAUUGCUCAGCUGUACAUACACUGUACUUGACUAUGCGCAAACCGGCUUGAUUGCAGCAGUGUUCUUCUUUAAAAUGAUGGAAUGGUGGUAUCAGUCUGCUGAGGAAAGAAUGUCAGCUCCAACUGUAUAUCCUCCUCCCCCUCCUCCUCCACCACCAAAGGUAGCCAAAGAAGGGGUACAGUUACCGUCAGACAGAACGAUCUGCCCCCUGUGCUUGCAGAAGCGCGUAAAUCCAUCUGUAAUGACAGUUUCAGGUUUCGUCUUCUGCUAUGCUUGUAUAUUCAAGUUUCUUACUCAGUAUAAGCGCUGCCCAGCAACGAUGGUGCCUGCAACAGUCGACCAGAUAAGGAGACUCUUUCAUGAUGUAUAGUCCGAGCUGGACCUGCUAUACCUAUAGUUGUCAUGAGUAUAUGUGUAAAGGAUUCUCAAUGGUUGUUGUACUGAUCUAUGCUUAUUUUAGUGUUAAGAAAGGCAGGUAAAAAGCAUGAUUUUUUGUUAUUAUUCUCUCAAUUCAUUCAUACAAUGUUCUAACCACGGUAAUAAUAAAAA